ACAUUAUAUUGUGCCCGUAUAAACCGUUACAUAUGGACAAAUCGAAGAGGUAUACAAACUAGCAUUAUACCCUGUACCAAUCGAACUUAACUUAUCCAAAAUAAGGUAACGGGUCGCAAUGGGAUAUUCAAGUUUAAUAUGUGUACAUACAUACAUUUUAUUUCUGAUAUUGUUUUGAAUUAUCGAAUUAUAAAAUAUUGGUUGUGUUUAAGAUUUUUAUCAACGUAGAUCCGUUUUGGGUAUGCACACGCACAUGCAGGUUCAAUUGUUAUUUUCAAGCAUUCAUGUUCCAUCCCUUUUGCACUACGCCACUGUCACAGCCUUUGAUCCACUGAGAUCUUUACCCAUUGCCUUGUCAAAUUUCCCUCAGUCAGUCUUCUGCUUGCCUCGCUGCUGUUUGGUUCGUCGAUGGUCUGCUGAACAAUUGUUUAUUCUAUCCGAUCUCCGGUUCCCUUUUUUGUUUUGUGUUUAUUUAAAAUUCGAAUAGCUCUGUGCCACAAACACAUUUGCACCAUGCAUAGCAUGCGUCUUUGGAAUCUCAAGCGGCUCUCGUUGCUGCUCAGCGCGGUCUUCUUGAUAUACUUCUUUGUUUUCUCCGGCGGCUAUCAUAAAUAUCAAAUAGACGGCGUUAUCGGCAAAGCGAAACCGGAAGCAGUUUGGGAAUAUGUGGCGGACUUUAAUAAAAUGCGCUUGCUGAAUCCCACAAUCAUAAAUUUCAAGAUUCUGGCCGAUCAUGGCCACGCCCAUGACUGGCGCUACACGGUGCAGUAUACGGAACGGCUGUCGCACUGGCCCCACUGGCUAAAUGAAGCCACCGCCAAAUAUGUGGUUACCAAGACGAUGCCGGGUGUCCAUCCACCAGCCUGGGCCAUCCAAUCGACGCAUAAGACGUGCUUCUUUCGCGGACUUUAUUGCUUGCACUCGCUUAGCGAGUUCAGUUUCAGCGCCCUCGGCAGCGACACAUAUGCGAAUGAGAAGAUCCAAUAUCAGUGCCCGCCGCUCCUAGGCAGCGCUUGUCGACGUGAGCUCGAGUUCCAGCGCCGCGCCGUUAUGCACAAUCUGACGCACAUUUUCAAGCGAACCUAGCUCCAGCGUGCCACAAAAAAGCAAAAGAAUCGUUUUCCAUUCUAAUCUGUUUGCCGUAUAUGUAUUUCCACAUCCAUACACUUGCACAUUUCAUUGAGUGCACAUAAACAAAACAUUUGCAUUUAGCUAAAUUAACUAAUAAUUGUUGCUAAAUUUAUCUGAAUUGUAAAAAACUGAUUAAAAUAUGCAUGUGAACUAAAUGGA